GUCUGGACUCCGCCGGCCCCCCGUGCUGCGGCUGCGGCUGUGCUGUGCUGCGGCGGCGGCACGGCCGACGAUCAGCAUGCCCCCUCUCAGCACGCGCGCUGAGCUCGACGUCGCGCUGUGCGACCCUGCAGCGAGCAUGGCCCCUCCUGCGCGCUGCUCCGCGCUCCCGUGCGGCCAACUCCGCAGCGGCUCGGGCGACGCAUCGAGCGUCAGGCCGUGGAAGGAGCUCGUCUCGACACCCUGCAUCGCGGGGCUCUCGCAGCAGCAGGACGUCCUCACGCUCGCAUGUGCGCCUCGCUGCGCCUCUGACAGACGGGCAUUCGCAUGUGCAGCCGCACCGGCGGCGCAGCGAAGCGUCGUUUGCCCGUCCACGAGCAUCCAAAUCCUUCGCAGCGUCGGCGUGAGGAAGCACCUCAUUCGUCCUCGGCCACUUCGCCGAACACGCCACGGACGCUAGCCUCUCUUCGCAGCUCACCUGCGUGCCUGGGCCCCUGCGAGGAGGAGCAGGCCGCGCUGCCGCAAUGCCGCCGAGGUGCAGCAGCAUUCUGCAUCCUGCGUCGCUGCCGCUGCGCGGAUGCUUCUCAACGUCGAGGCCCUGACCUCUCUGCUCUGUGCGAUGCUUCCGCGAGCCGUGCCGGAGACCCCCGACGGCAGCGCAGUCAAGGGCCGUCGACAUUCUGCACGCUGCUGAUUCGAUCGGACAUCCCUGACAGCGCCGCAGCAUGCAGAUGCAAACGCCACGAGCAAGCGGCCACCUUGCCUCUCACGCUAGAGGAGCACGCUAGUGGCAGCAGCAUUCGCCUCCGCCGCCGCCGAGGGCCGAGAAGAAGGGGGCCUCGGCGUCCAUCGAGUGGACCGCGAGUGCUUCAGCCUGCAUGGCUUCUAUGCUCUGCUUCUGCGGCAUUCCCGGCUCUGCGCUGCGGAACGUCGCACCUCCGGACGAAUCGGAGGCCAGGAACACCCACUCGCCCCUUGCGCAUUCUCUGGUUGGGCCUGAGCGUUGCAGACCGUCAUCUCUGGGCUAGCACGCGCAAGUGCUCCUCUCCAGGGACUGUCCGUGCUCUGCUAGCCCAGUCUCGGCGGGCUGGGCAUCGGCGUCGACCGCCGAGCACCGCCGAGGGCCAUGCUCGGCGCCGCGCGGCGUCCCCGUGCGUGCGAGCAUCGCAUGCUGCACCCUUUCCUUUUCUUCCCAUGCAGGGGCCGCUGCAGGUGCAGCUGUGCUCGUGCACGCAUGAUGGUGCAGGACAUCAGAUUCUAUCUGCCGCCUCUUGCCCUCGUCGUUUGACUUGCCGCACAGCGACAGUGACGGCGACAGCGACAGCAGGCAGUCCUGCCUGCACAUCAUCGAGCGCAGUCAGAUAGCGGAGGGCCCACAGCGGCGGCGCACUGCUGCGCCUCUCGCUCCGCCUCGGCCUCACCGUCGUGCGCCGCCGGCGAGCAUGCCCGAUGCAUUCUGCGCCGCCUCCUCACCUCCAAUCUCACUGCGCCCCGCCGUCCGUGCAUUCGCCCGCUCACAACGGUCAGAGCUCGGAGAAUAGCCGCAGCGGUCGCCGUGCGCCUCGAUGUUCAGCAGCAUAGAGAGUCCACUGAGGCGAGUCACGCCGGUCUCGGCCGCACGUGC